GUUGAUUUACCAAACGAAAGUAUUGCAUCAGUAUUGCUAGCUGCUGCCGAUUCCAUACCAUAACGCAUGCACUUCGCACCGUCUCGUCAUUAGGGUUUAGUCGCAACGCUCGCUCAGUCCUGUUUUAGCCGGCAAAAUGGUGUUAGACGUUGAGCUUUUCCGUGCUGACAAGGGAGGCAUUCCCGACAAGAUAAAGGAGAAUCAAGCCAAGCGUUACAAGGAUGUGACUUUGGUGGAUAAAGUCGUGGAGGCAGACACCAAAUGGCGAAAGUUGCGUUAUGAGGCUGACAACCUGAACAAGAUGAAGAACCUCUGCAGCAAGAUCAUCGGUGAAAAGAUGAAGAACAAGGAGCCAGUUGGCAGCGAGGAUGAGGAACUACCCGCCAAGAUUGCAGAGGCUCUGAGUGAUUGCAAAGCAGAAGACUUGAAGGAGCUGACAGUGUCACAGAUCAAGAAGGCCAGGCAGCUGAUCGAUGACCAGAUCACCAAGUGCAAUGAGGACCGCAUCCAGUGUGAGACCACGCGCAGAGAGAACCUGAUGGAGAUUGGCAACUUCCUCCACGAGUCUGUCGUCAUCAGCAACGAUGAGGAUGAUAAUGGUAUCGUCAAGAUGAUAGGAGAUUGUGAAGUCAGGAAGAGGUACUCCCACGUUGACUUGAUUCACAUGAUUGAUGGCGUGGAUGGAGAGAGAGGAGCCAUCGUGUCUGGCAGCAGGGGGUACUUCCUCAAGGGCCCCGCGGUGUUCCUCUCCCAAGCAGUCCAGCAGUACGCCCUGCGCUUGCUCCAUGAGAAGGGUUACACGCCCCUCUACACGCCGUUCUUCAUGCGCAAGGAGGUCAUGCAAGAAGUGGCUCAACUCAGCCAGUUUGAUGAAGAACUCUACAAGGUGGUUGGUAAAGGCAGUGAGAAGGCAGAGGAGGCAACCAUAGAAGAGAAGUAUCUCAUAGCCACCUCUGAGCAACCCAUCGCCGCCUACCAUCGCAACGAAUGGAUGGCAGUAGAUGAACUCCCUAAACGCUACGCCGGCAUCUCCUCAUGCUUCCGUCAAGAGGUUGGAUCCCACGGCCGCGAUACCAGGGGCAUCUUCAGGGUACAUCAGUUUGAAAAGAUUGAGCAGUUUUGUUUAACAUCGCCCCUGGACAACAAAUCCUGGGAGAUGUUUGACGAGCUUCUUGAAAACGCCGAAGGAUUGUGUCGAAACCUGGGCGUCAGCUAUCGAGUCGUUAACAUUGUUUCAGGUGCUUUGAACAACGCAGCGGCCAAGAAACAUGACCUCGAGGCCUGGUUCCCCGGCUCGGGUGCAUUUAGAGAGCUGGUGUCAUGCUCCAAUUGCACCGACUACCAGUCUAGGCGGUUGCUGGUACGGCACGGCCAAACCAAGAAGAUGAAUGAACAGGCGGAGUACGUGCACAUGUUGAAUGCUACGAUGUGUGCCAACACACGCAUGGUAUGCGUCAUCAUGGAAACCAACCAAACUGAUGAAGGAAUCGUAAUACCAGAGGCUCUGAAACCGUACAUGCCAGACUCCUACAAGGAGAUCAUCAAGUUUGUCAAGCCGGCGCCGGUAGACGAACAGCAAGCCAAGAAGGACAAGAAACAGAAGGAGGGCGGGAAGAAGAAAACCAAAAAGGAACCAAUCGACGAUGAAGUCAAGAAGAUGUCGCUAGGAGAAUAACUCUCCAUCCCCAUCCAUUAACUAACAAAUCUUUCAUAUACGGAUAAAUUAAAUAGUAAUUGUAAAAAUGGUUCAAAAUCGGUCAAAGGAAAGGUUUGUGGUUUGAACACUUAUGCAGUUUUCUUUGAAACAUUAACCUGUGGUACCCGCAAACUUUAUAACAAUAAGUUAUUAAAGGGAAAAUACAACAUUUGCAAACAUCGAAAAAUAAAACUACCAAGUUUUUACGAAAUACCUUACUAGGAUGUUGGUAAA